CUCACCUGGCUGGUUUAAUUACUUAAUUUUCAAAAUGCCUCAUAUCAAAGACUUCGCCGUCGAAAGAUGGAUGGACCUCCACGAAAACAACGCCAUUCACAACCUCGCCGAGACCUGCUGCGCGGCCAUCUCCCUCUCCGACCUUGUCUCUUUCUCCGAGACAGAGUCGCAGCCAGAGACACAAACAUCCAGUACCCUCGUCAACCUCACCCGCAAACAAAGCUACGGCGCGAUCCGCGGCUCAGACACCCUGCGCACCAACAUCGCAAACCGAUACUCCGACCCGGACCCUACCAUCUCCAUCUCUGGAGAGAAUGCUCCCCCCGUCCCCAUAACGAAAGACAACAUCCUCGUGACAAGCGGCGGCAUCCAGGCCAACUUCCUCGCGCUAUACACCAUCAUCAAACCGGGAGACCAUGUGAUCGUGCAGUAUCCGACAUACCAGCAGCUAUACUCGGUUCCGGAGUCGCUUGGCGCGGAGGUGAGUUUAUGGCGCGCUCAGGAGGAGCGAGGGUGGGAGGUGGAUGUGGAGGAGUUGAGGGGACUGGUCAGGCCGACGACGAGGGUUGUUGUGUUGAAUAACCCGCAAAACCCCACCGGCGCCUUCCUCCCCCUCUCGACCCUCCAAUCCAUCAUCUCCCUCGCCCGCACCCACGACCUCACCAUCCUCAGUGAUGAAGUCUAUCGGCCUCUUUUCCAUUCCACUUCCCCCUGUCCUCCGUCUAUCCUCUCCCUCGGCUACACCAAAACCAUCUCUACCGGCUCCAUGUCCAAGUCCUACAGUCUGGCUGGCAUCCGGCUGGGUUGGCUCGCUUCGCCCUCGACGGCCAUUCUGGACGCCUGCGCCUCCGUCCGCGACUAUACGACUAUCUCCGUGAGCCAGAUUGACGACGGCAUCGCCAGCGUGGCGUUGAGCCCAUCGACUGUGAAGAACCUUCUUCAACGGAAUAUGGACCUCGCGGAAGCCAAUCUGCGCCUGAUGGACGAGUUUGUGGAUGGGUGCGGUGGGCUGGUGGAGUGGGUGAGGCCGACGGCGGGGACGACUGCCCUCCUUAGGUUUAGGGACAAGAUGGCCAGGGUGUUGGAUGAUAAGGGGUUCUGUGAGAGGGUGUUGCAGGAGGUGGGCGUGCUGGUUGUGCCGGCGAGGGAGUGUUUUGGGCGGGGGUGGAUUUGGGGGGUGGAUAUUGAUUCUUUAUAA